AUGGAUCAGCCGAGCUAUACCUAUGAGGACGAAGAUGAGUACGAGUACGAGUAUGAAGAUACUGAGACAGAGACUUUUCUCGUGGACCUGGAUCUUUCUUCGUUGAACCCGCCCACCAAAUCAAAUGUGCCCGGAGCCCCAAAACCAGCGGUGCCUGCCAAAAGGCCUCUCGACAGAUCUGAUCCCCAACGUGGGACGCCCGACCGAGAUGCCCCGACUCCAAACAUGGCAGAACCCGUCGAGGACGAAGGUCGCGACUUGCAAGAUCGGCCAUCCACCCCAUUCGCCGACGUCGAGGAUCAUGAAGGUGAAGACGGAGUAUCACCAUUUUCUACACACGUACAGAUCCUCGAUCUCAGCAGCAGCAACCCGAUAAUCUCCUACCUGGGCCAAGUCUACAGUUGUACAUGGACGGACAUGAUCGGCACCAACAUGUUUUUCACAAAGCCGGGGACGGCUAAUGCUGCUGCCACAAUGCAAUCGACAGAUGACUAUGAUCUGUUGGGCAUGUCGAGGAUCAAACUCGUCGGUGAUCGGGCUUCUGUGUCCCAGAAGGCAAGGCCAAAACAGGAUCCCCACGGAGAAGAUGAUUACGCCGAAGGACAGCCGACUGUCCAGGAAGACGAGCCAAGUGGCCGGAGUCUCGGGAGGCUUAUCCAUAGCAAUCCGAAAAAUAAUGCUCGUAUCAAGAAACAAGCAACAUUUCUGGAGAAGCUCAUGGACCUUAAGAGACAGCGUGGAGAAACAGACAUUGUGAGGACGUAUGUGGAUGAGGCGAUUGCGUCAAACAACAGCCUAAGUCUGCCGCAAACGAUACAUUCCGAGAUUGAAGAGUUGAAUCGCAGGGUGAUCAAAGGAGACGCAGAAGCCCUAGCAAGGCUUCAGGAAGUCUAUUCUCGAUCUGAAAACCAAGACACAGAGCUAGAAGGAAUGUCCCGCGGCCUGCAGGAAGAGGAUGGCUGA